CGGUGCAGUCAGACGAGGGAGGUCGUCUUUCAGACCAGAUAUGGAGGCUCUGCUGUUGAAAGAAAGACUCUCUGAGCGCUGGAACUUUACUUGUACUUCUGACAAAACUGGACAUCAUCUUGGAGAAGACCGACUUUUUUCCACUCGCUGCUUUAGCUGUUGUUUUCUCUGUUUGAUUGGGCUCUACCUGUGAAUGAACAAUAGAGCAUUUUUUUGGCUGAAACGGACAAUAACCAGUGGAAACACAUAAUCCAGAUCUGCUUGGAGUUGGAGUCUGUGCAGAUUGUAGUUUCACCUCUAAGAAGUAACAAAGAACCUCCACUGAACACGUGAGAAGUUUGCUUGUUACCACAACUUUUUCAUGUUUUACCCCUGAAGUCGUUCUGCUUCAGAAGUUGGAGUUCCUCUGGUGUUUUUUUUCCUCCCUCGGAGCGUCUUAUCUCUUCAUUUGCACCUCUUUCAUCUUUUUCUCCCUCUCUCCUUUGUAUACCGUGGAGAAGGAGGAGCUCAGGAGCAAAGAGAAGACCGAAUACUGAUGUCAUCAAAUUUUUACCAAGAAAACUUAAUAGAGAGAAUGAAGCGUACUGCUGUAAUUGACUCCAUUCACUCUACCCCCUACAUGGAAACGCUCUGAACCAAUCGGAAGCUUCCUGCCAGCCAGCCAUGGACUGCACGGCGGCUAUUUUGAAAGCAUGUGCCCGCUCUAGAAGCAAGUGGUGUCGGCACCGGCGGUCGUCCGUCCGUCACCAGUGGAGGCCGACGGACGGCUGCGGCUGUGGCAGAGGUGUUGUGGCGGUGGGCGUCCUCAGCCACGCCUCGUCCAUCCUGCGACGCCUGUUGUUGUACGUGUGCUGUUGUCGCUUCCACGACGAGAGCUUUGAGUUGUGUCGGGAAUGGGUGGAUCGUCCCGCUGAAGAAGUGGACAGAGGAGGAAGAAGACGAGAGGAAGGUGAGGAUGAGGAGUUGGGACCGCCGCCCUCCGUCGAUGAGGCGGCCGAUGCUCUGAUGACCAGACUGGGCUUCCUGCUGGGGGAUAAGGUCGUAAGUGGAGAGCCGGGUUCUGCUUACCACGGCCAGGAUGAUGGACAGAGGAUCUCUCCUUCCUCCAGUCUGGCCAGCAGCAACACCUCCCCCUGCUCCACACUGCAGCCUCCUGCUGGAGGGGAGGGCAACAACAACAACAAGCACACCUCCCCCAGCCACGCCUCCGUCGCCUCCCCCUCCUCCACGCUGGAGAGCAGAGACAGCGGCAUCAUAGCCACGUUGACCAGCUACUCCGCCGACUCGGCCGCCGAGAGGGACGACAGCCCCAAGUAUCCUAGCGACUGUUACCAUGGCAGCAGCCUCAACCUGUGGCAGCAGGGGGGUCGGCCGGUGGUGGCCUCCACCUCGUCUUCCUGCAUGGUGGCAGCAGGAAGCGCCAACGACGGCUUCCUGUACAGGGCGGAGGACAGCAUGGCCGCCUCCACCUACAGCCUCAACAAGCUGCACCCGGGCCGAGGUCCUGGCUCCACCCACUCCAUCCCCCUCUACCUCAUGCCCCGCCCCAAUUCAGUCGCCGCCACUAGUUCGGCCCACCUUGAGGACCUGGCCUACCUGGACGAGCAGCAGAGACACAUCCCCUCGAGGACGUCCCUCAGAAUGCCCAGACAGAAUUCUGGGAGUCGUAGUCAGCCAGACCACAGAGUUCGUUUCACUCCCUCCCUCAACCUGAAGCCGCUGCACUUCGAGGUUCCUGGCCUCUCGUCUGAUUGGCUGUUCACCGGCAGGGGGUGGCUCUUCCAGGAAGUGGACGCAUGCCUCCGCAGCGACAGCCCGGCGACCGGACGGGGCGUGGUGAUCGUCGGCAACAUGGGCUUCGGCAAAACGGCCAUCGUCGCCCGACUGGUGGCGCUCAGUUGUCACGGCAACCGCAUGUGGCCAAGCUCCGCCGGGAGUCAGAGCAUACCCAAACAUGUGGAGCCUGUUUCUUUCUCACACGAUUCCCUGGGAAGAGGUGGAGAUGAAGGAGGAGGAGGAGGAGGAGGAAGCUGUCCAGGAACUCCAGAGAUGAGGAGGAGACAGGAGGAGGUGCUGAGGAGGCUGGCCGGACAGGUCGUCUCGUAUCACUUCUGUCAGGCCGACAACUGUCACACCUGUCUGGUUCCGGAGUUCGUCCACAGCAUGGCGGCCAUGCUGAGCGAAGCCCCCCUGCUGGCGGCGUACCGGGAGCUGCUGCACCGGUCGCCACACCUACAGAGCAUGCUCAGUCUGCGCUCCUGCAUCCAGGACCCGAGCUCUGCCCUUCAGAGAGGAAUCCUGGAACCGCUGGAGGCUCUCCACAGAGAGAGGAAGUUGCAUGUGGAGGGGGCGGGGCUUAUUGUGCUCAUUGACGGUCUGAACGAGGCGGAGUUCCACCGGCCGGACUACGGUGACACGCUGACUUCCUUCCUGACCCGAAACAUCCAGAAAUUUCCUUCCUGGUUGAAGGUCAUCACCACUGUCAGGACCGGUCAGCAGGACAUCACUCGCUCUCUGCCUUUUCACCGCAUCUCUCUGGACAGGAUGGAGGACAACGGCGCCAUCGACCGGGACCUGCAGGGCUACCUGACGCAGCGCAUCCAGAGCAGCGCUGAGAUCCAGAGCAACGUGUCGCUGAGCAACGGCCGCCUCGACAACGCGGCGCUGGCCAAGCUGAUCAGCCACCUGAAGAGUCUGAGCAGAGGCUCCUACCUCUACCUGAAGCUGACUCUGGACCUGAUAGAAGGAGGAUAUCUGGUCCUGAAGAGCUCCAGCUUCAAGGUGGUUCCUGUGAGUCUAGCGGAGGUUUAUCUGCUGCAGCUCAACAUGAAGUUUCCCACCCAGUCGUCUUUCCAGAGAGUUCUGCCUCUGCUCAACGUCACCGUAGCGUCGCUUCACCCUCUGACCGACCAGCAGCUGUUUGAGGUGGUGAAUGCCGGCGCCGUGACCGGAGGAACCCUGCAGUGGGCGGAGUUCUCGCAGCGUCUGGAGCAGCUCUCCUCAUUCCUCCUGCGGCGAGGCGACGGCAGCAGGAUGCUAAACCACGCCUCCUUCAGGGAGUGGCUGAUGUGGAGGGAAGACGGGCAGGACGACCGGUUCCUCUGCGACCCCAGGAGUGGACACACUCUUCUGGCCUUCUGGCUCUGCAGACAGGAGGGGAAGCUGAACCGACAGCAGACACUGGAGCUCGGACAUCACAUCCUGAAGGCUCACAUCUACAAGGGUCUGAGUAAGAAACUUGGGGUUUCCUCGUCAGUUCUCCAGGGGCUGUGGAUGUCCUACAGCACAGAGAGUCUGAGCCCUGUUCUCUCGUCGCUGCGUAACCUCUACACUCCCAACAUCAAGGUGAGCAGGCUGCUGAUUACAGGCGGGGCUGACGUGGAUUACCGCAGCGACGUCCUCAACAGCGCCCCCCUGCUGUGCGUUCACGCUCACCUGGGCCACACCGAUGCCGUGGCGCUGCUGCUGGACCAUGGAGCUCAGGUGGACGCUCAGUCGCAGGACGGACUGACCGCUCUGGGAUUCGCUGCGGCGGCCGGUCAUCUGGACGUCAUCACCAUGCUGAGCCAGCACAGAGCCAAGGUGGGUCAUGUGGACAGCUCUGGCCGGUGUGUGCUGGUUCACGCCGCCCAGAGAGGCCACCUCGAGGUGCUGCGCUUCCUGCUGCGACGCGCUGACUGGAGCUGCACUUCCUGCUGCGGUGAACGGGGGGCGGGCCGGAGCCAGGCGGUGCAGCAGGCCCUGAUAGCAGCGGCUAGCAUGGGCCACACAGAGGUGGUGUCGUACCUGUUGGAUCUUCCAGAAGAAGAUGAGGAAGAAGAAGAGAGGCCUGAGAUUAACAUAUAUGACAGUCUGUGGGGAGAGACAGCUCUGACGGCGGCAGCAGGACGCGGCAGGUUGUCCGUCUGCCGGCUGUUGUUGGAUCAGGGGGCUGCCGUAGAGCAGGGCAACAGGCAGGGAGUCGCUCCGCUCUUCAGUGCCGUGAAACGAGGCCACUGGCAGGUGGUGGAGCUGCUGCUGAACCACGGGGUGGAGGUGAACAUGGUGGACCAGCAGGGCCGCACAGCUCUGAUGACGGCGGCCUCAGAGGGACAUAUGACCACCGCCCAGCUGCUGCUGGAUCACGGAGCCUCCCUCGAGCAGAACGACAGAGAGGGUUUGACGGCGUUGAGCUGGGCGUGUCUGAAAGGCCAGCUCCCAUUGGUCAGGGAGCUGGUGGAAAGAGGCGCGGCCACAACUCACGCUGAUCGCAGCGGACGGACACCUCUGGAUCUGGCUGCCUUCUGCGGUGACCCGGAAGUGGUUCAGUUCCUGGUGGACCACGGAGCGUCCGUGGAGCAUGUGGACUGCAGCGGGAUGCGUCCUCUGGACCGAGCAGUCGGCUGCAGAAACACUUCAGCGGUCAUCGCUCUGCUCAAGAAGGGAGCCAAGAUAGGACCAGCAACCUGGGCCAUGGCAACCUCUAAACCAGACAUCUUAAUGGUUCUACUCAGUAAAUUGAUCCAAGAAGGAGACAGACUGUACAAGCAAGGCAAAGUGAGGGAAGCCGCUCACUCUUAUCAGUCAGCGCUCCAGAAGUUUCCAGGAGACGAGCUGAAGACGUUCAGACAGCUGAGAGUGUGUGUGCUGCUCAACCUGUCACGCUGCCGCCGCAAGAUGAACGACUUCAGCCUUGCCGAGGAGUUUGCUACCAAGGCUCUGGAGCUGAAAGCCAAAUCCUACGAAGCCUUUUACGCCAGAGCCCGAGCCAAACGCAGCCGCAGACAGUUCCAUGCAGCCCUGGAGGACCUGAUUGAGGCCAGCCGUCUUUGCCCGUCCAACCGGGAGAUCCAACGCCUGCUGGCUCGGGUCAAGGAAGAGUGUCGACAGGCUGCACAGCAGCAAGAGUCUCCUCCUCCAGCUCAUCAUGUUUACCAGCAAAACAUAGCUGUGUCCAUCAGCGAGGCCAGGAGCAGAGAUUCAGGUUGUCUGCAGGUUCAAGACAGGGAGGGGCUCACCGAGGAAGAGGAGGAAGAAGAGAACGAGGAGAAGAUGAGUCUCAGGCAAGACUCCUCCUUUCACCCUCCACCUGCAGUUCAAAGUCUGGACACCCGUUGCCGGUCUGGAGGGCCGUCGCCAUCCUCCAUCUCCCCCACUCACCUUUAUCAUCACCUUCCCAGUCCAACCCACUCAGCCUCCCUCUCCUCUCCCAGUCACUCUGCUCCUCCUCCUCCUUCCUCCUCCUCCUAUCACCACUUCAGCCCUCCUCCCUCCCCAAUGCAGCAUCAGCAACGAGCCAGCCCCAUGUCUGAAAACAUGCCUGCACUGUCAGGAGGUGGAGGUCUGCAUCACCAUCCACAGUCUGUCUCAGCCGUCCAUCCCUCAGACCAAAGCCAAGGAGUGCAGCAGCACCACCAUCUGGCCAAUCAGAGGUCCUUCCAGAGGCAGAACCCUGUCCAAGGCCAGUGGCUCCAACCAGCCAAAGUGCAGGUUGUCCGAACCAAUCAACCCAGUGUUCCGGCCCACUCCAGCAUGGUUGUAGGAAGCUCUGCCUACUCCCAGUUUGCCCAUCUUCCCCAAGAACUAGCAGAGCUGGGGGAAGGCUUUUGCCCAGGCCCCCUAGAUGUCAGGUCUAACCUGCAGGUCCAGGCUGGUCUGAGCUCUGGAGCGCCAUACUCACUGGAUGAUGUUGAUGUCGACCUGGUUUGUCAGGUGAGACCGACAACUGCCUAUGGAAGAGGAGCAGAAGCGGAGAGGGCAGGGGUGAAUCGAUUCGGCCAGGCCCGUCAGUUCAGCCGCAACCAGUCCAAAGCAGCCUACUACCCCAUGGAAGUCACAGAGUCAACAAUGGGACCCGCUGAAAGGCUUCAGCCAUCGCAUGAUUACCAGUACCACCACCAGGGCAUGUUUCGACGCCCGCUUAGCGCCCACCCAACAUCCUCGUCAGCUCCUCCUAGACCUCUUAUCCACUCCCAAAGUGUCAGCGUUCGUUUCUCCUCCAGCAGUGGCAGUCUUGCUAGCGGGCCGUCGGCUAAUCAUGGCUCAGGCUUCAGGACCUCAGCCUCCGCCCAACACAUGGAUCCAUCUUCAGAGCUGGCCUCUGUGGGAGGUGUUACCGGUUAUCACGAUGAUCUCUUUCUGAUCUCGUCCCCUCAGUCGGACAUAUGCAUGGCGGGAGGCGGUACUUACCCCGGAGAGGCGGGGCGCUCGUCUAGGAACACUCCUUUCAUGGGGAUAAACGAUAAGACGGCGAGGGUAAACCAACAGUAUCAGCAACAAGCUCCUUCCAGCUCAGCUUCCUGCCUCAGCCCCUCUCGCUCCUGGGCGGUGUCUUCAGUGGACACGGUCGUCACCUCGCCCAGCAAGAACCCCACCAACCAGGGAGGCUUUGCUCCGCCCCAGCCGUCGUCCAUCGCCUACCACAACCGCAGCAACAACAAUGCCCACAAUGGUAACCUCCUCCAUGACAACCAGCUCGACUACUACGAAGUGGUGCCCGGUAACCUUCGUCAGGGUGAAGGCUCGGUCCACAUUGCCAGUCAGAACCCCUCCUACUUGGACGUAAAGGUGGCCCGGACGCUUCCGGUGAUCCACAGCUGCUCCGACAGACCGACCGAGAGACGGACAGGUCCUACCUCCCCCGUCAAACCAAAAAGACCCUUUGUGGAGUCGAAUGUGUAGAGACAACCGAGGACGGUUAAUGGUUAAAAAGAAGCGAGUGUGCCGUAUAUCUCAAGAUUCAACAGGGCUGUGGAAUUACUAACGCUCUGCUAUGCCGGAAACAAACAAGCUUCUAUGGUGAUAGUUCAAAAGGGGAAGCAGCACACGUUGUCAGUCUCACCUUGAAGGAUGUUGUACUUGGUUGUAUCUGUAUUUGGAAGUACAUAACAAGUGACUGAAGUCAUUUGAAGAAAAAUGAGAGCUUGAGAGGACUCCCGGUCAACUGCAACCUUAAGUGCUCAACAUAUUGUCUGUCGGAAUGAGAAGCACUCAAUGGAAAGCAUACUGACUCUUUUAUUAUCCAGAAAGUGUUCCACAAGGGAAACUAAAGGAAAUGAGUGGAGAAAUACAAUUAUUGCAGACGCUUCCCCACAACAGCACUGCAUGGUACAGUUGGGUAGUCGACAUUAAAUUAUGCUUUGAGACAUGUAUAAAAAUACUGAGCACAUCCAGUUGUUUCAGAUUUUUUAUCUGGCUGGCAAGAAGAAACUAUCUACGUGACUUUAGAGAAGGUUAAUUGUUGGGGUACAGAUGGCAGGAGCUUCAGUAACAAAGACUGCUCAACUGAUUGAUGUUUCUGAUGGGAGUCGUCGCUUCUAAGAUGACAACGUUCAUCGAUUCAGAGGGUUCCUGAAUGGUUUGAUGAGAAUGAAAAUUAUGUGAAUCCUAUACUAUGGCCUGAAGAUUUUGUAGGACUGCACCAUCAUCAAAACACCCAACUUGAGAGCAUCUCUUGAAAGAAUGGUCCAUCCAUUAGUGUUCCAGAGACUUAGAGAAUCAGUGCCAAGCCGCAUUGAAUCUGUUCUGGCAACAAGACGCUAAUUAAGAUUAUUUUUUUUCCUUUAAUGUGUCAUCUGUAAGUACAACAUGGACCACACAUUUACGGUCUGCCAGUUAAACAGCUGGAGACAAAGAAUAAAAGCAAUGUCAAAGGAAAGCAGAGAAAUGUCUACAAGUCUAAGACAGCAGGCAGCUUUUGAAACAAAGCACAAGCAAGAAGAAGAAGACUGGAGGAAACCCAAAAUAAACACUCAAAAAAUUCCUUCCCUUUACUGUUCACCUCUGGCUUAAAGUACAUUUUCAAACAAGUCUAUAUGGUGAUAUCCGGUCAGACAAAAGCACCACUGUUACCUUGCCUGCUGCCGACGCCUUUAGUAAAGAGUUCAAGUUUGAAGCGCUUAAAUGACACAGUGCCCCGAGUUUGAGAAGCUAGGAUUAUGCUGUCGUUGAAUAAGCACUGACUUGUUGUACAUAAAACAAAAAAUAGGUGAUAUUUAUCUCUUAUUUAAGUUAUGUAUGUAUUAAACUGUAUAAAUAUUGUUUUUUCUUAAAGCUGUAUAUUCCGUUUGGAUUUGCCUUCAUGUUUUUAUUUUUGGGGGGUUUACAGUCUGAACAUAGAAACUGGAACUUUAAAGCAAAGCUCGGUUUUGGGUGACGUGUUUUUCUGCAUGGGUACAACGGCAUCCAUCUGUAGUCAACAGCCUGUAAAAUGCCUUUUAAGAUUUUGAGAUGUUUUCACUUCAAGUAGAAUUUCUGUUUUUCUAUGACGGUCUUUUGUAUUCUGUAGUCCUCAUGGUCCUAAUUUAUGCAAACCACAAUGAACCCAACUGACACACCAGGGUUCCUCAUGCUCAUUCCAGCCCUGAGCUAGCUGUUAGCUUCUCCUUCUGUCAGCAAAAAUGCUAAUGGACUGUUAAUCCUCUCCCCUGAACAUUAAAUGUAUGGAUUAGCAUGCAGCAUAUUAUAUUGAUAGCCUUUCCAAAGCUAAAAUCGAAAGGAAUUAAAUUAUAUAUGCGUCUGCUUCAGUUGUUAGCUUACCCAGCUAACUAGGAACAGUGGGAAAAGAGGCCGACAAGUUUAUCAUUAGCUAACUACAUUAGCUUAUUGUGCUACAGGUUGAAAAUGAAAAAAUAAAAUCUCACCAGAUUCUUUGUCUACAGUCGGGAGGCCAGUCCUGAAUGCUAUCAGAGUUUUAGACAGCUUUAGCAAUUUUAGUCAAGAUAGCAAAACAUUUCCCAAACAUAUUAUUUUGUUGACCCCCAAAAAGUUUUUGAUGCUAAAAGUGGAAAUGUAAAAAUUGAUGUAUGAGAAUAAACCUAACUGAUGCUAGAUUUAUGCUAGAUAAAUUGAAAGGAAUUAAAUAAUAUAUGCAUCUGCUUCGGUUGUUAGCUUUGCCAGCUAACUAGCAACAGCGGGAAAAGAGGCCCAGAAGCUUAUCAUUAGCUAACUAUAUUAGCUUUUUGUGCUACAAGUUAGAAAUGGUACAGUAAAACCUCACCAAAUUCGCUGUGUAGUACUUCUUACAGUCGGGAAGCCAGUCCUGAAUGCUAUCAGAGUGUAAAACAACUUUAGCAUUUCUAGCUGAUAGCAAAACAUUUCCCAGACAUAUUACUUUGUUGACCCCUGAAAAGUGUACAUGUAAAAACUGGUGUAGUAGAAUAAGCCCAACUGAUGCUAGACUUUUGGGUACGGAUUUUUAGAAUGUUAAAAUGAUGCUAUCUGCAGUAUAUUAGAAAGGAAAGUGAUGGGCUUUAAUUGUUGAAUUUCACAAAUUAAUUGAAAACAUAGGAUGAAGAGACUAAGCCGGUGGUGAGGUUUAGUUGUGAUGUGUUCUCUGCUACAUGUGCUGCACAUAGUUAACAGUGCUUAGGUCUUAUCGCGGUGCAUAUCGGACAUCUGGCAAUACAGAUCUGUUAAACCAAUAUCUGCCAUUAAUUUUGGCCAACCAAGUUAUCGCUCAGGCUCUAAUUAGAAUUAAGUAACAAGAGCAAUGCAGUUUUUACUUAAUAAUCUUCUCCAAGGAUCACCAGCUGCUCCAGAUUUAAAAUGUUUGCCUCCAGAUGUUAGCACAGUAUCACGUGGAGCCAUGAAGGGCACAUUUAAGAUCUCCUGUGCCCGAAAUAACUGACACAUAAGUAGACAAAAGCAACAGUUUACAGCUGGAUUUAAAACACCUGCUCUUGUCUACCUCAGUGUGAAAUUAAGAGCCCAAAAAUUGUUUAAAUUUUUACAAAAUUGUUGUGAAAGGGGAGGAGUUUAGCUCACAGUUAAUCCUGAGGUUCAUUUUUUUACACUAACAGAUCAAAAAGUAGGACUACCUUUUUAUUUUUUAAGAUGUAUUUUAUGCACAUGAAUGCCUGUUUUUGUACAUUUUUUUAAUGUUUUUUCCAGUGAAUCAGCAUCUUGUUUUCAGAGCUGCCAGUGCUGAUGGAACCUCUGACCUCUCUGUCGCGGUACACUUUCUCCGACCACUGCCCUUAUUUCUUACUGCUCAGGAGUUUCCAGCUGUGAGAAGUCAUUUGAAUACCCGUUUUCAUAGUGCAGCUGCAGGAAGUGGAGAUGAAUUUGUUAGAAUAACGUUGAUCGGAUGUUCGAGACUAGUUUAAAAAAAAUGAUCAAAGUGGUAAAGCGUGGAAACGAGUUGUCGUGGUGCAUCGGUGUUUCUUUAAAUGUUUCAUGAGCCGGAUGGGAGCCGUGUCGUCUGCCAGUAAAACGGUGUGUUGUGCUGUACGUGUCGGAUUUCUGCCCUCCGCCUGCUGACUCUUAAAGGAAACAUUGGAACGCAGCCGGGUCAGCGUGUUCCCUGUCGGUGGGGUCGCUGUGGGCUUUUUCACUGUGUGUAAGAUAAGUUAAUAUUUAAAACCCAGGAAGGUUACCACAAGACAAAGAACAUCAUUAUUAAACAUUUAAAACAACGUGAAUGUGUUUUGAAUCAGCUCAUGUGAACUUGCUGACUAAACGUUACAAAGAGGAAUAAAGCUGAAUGAAACACA